AAGGCUUGAAAUGCAUAUAUCCCGUUAAGGAUAAUUAGCUUUAAACUAUACCUUGGCUAGUAGGACAGAGAAGGUAAAAGUCCCGGAAUAAAGGGAUCGACUGGAAGGAGCGGAGACAUCAAAUCUACAAAGUGGGUACCUGUGGGUACAGGGCUCCCGCAUCCAUGACAAAAAGGCCGUGCAACAAGGGAAACCAAAAGACCCUGGAGGAAUGUGUAGAGAGGACGUGGACCGUUUCGAGUUUUCGUCUUGAUGUUUGUGCAUCCAAAUCAACCGGAAAUUUUAAUGAUAAUUUGCACUCAUGCUCGGGUAACUGGCUCAUCAACAGGUCGCACUUGUAGCAACUCUGCCAUUGAAUCUGAAAAGGGGUCAGUACGUUUAGAGGAAUAUUUUGAUUUUAAUCAAGAUAAGAUUAGCACCAAUUUUAUUACAGAGGAUGCGUGUGUUAUGGUUGUUUGUUUUUCUCGCGUGUUUUUGUGGUGGAGCUUGCGAAAGCCAGACUUCCAAAAAACACUUCGGAGAAGCACUGAGGAAUGUCAUUGAAGCCUCUCGCAAAUUGCUUCAAUAUCUCAAGCAAAACCAGCGAGAGAUGAUCGUGGAUUCCAUCUUUGGAGUUAGGGUAAUGCAAGGUGCCCUUCACAAGCUUUUGAACAACAUUGAAAGAGGUGGCCUUAAGACUCAUCGCAUAAGAUCCCUAGAACUUGAAAUAAAACACUUGUUCAUCCACGCUGGAGCUAUUGCUAACAAAUCAUUAGCAUUUGCAUACGAAGCUAACCAAGAAUACUUUGAAACCGUUGGCUUUACCGCUCAGACUGAAUGGAAUGUGAUUAGAGAUUUCAGACCUCUGGAUAGGACCUUAAAAAUUCCACAAAUUAAGACAGAAAAGGAUCUUGGCUUGGGGUCUGAACCUGAACUUGAAUUGGAUGAGUGUUUCAUGGCCCUUAUUGGUCGUGAAAACAAGAAAAUUAGGCCAUGCACAGUUUCAACUAAGUGUUGGAAAUUAAUUUUUGUGGCUGGCUCAAAGGACUACUUUCUUACACAUCAAUUGCUAUAUUUUAUGCUGGCAGUCAAAAGAGGCUGCACACAAGUUAUUAAUAAUUUGUUAAAGAAAUCGAAAUUCUAUGGUGGCAUUAAUCAGUUCUUUGCAAGUCGUUGUGCCUUUAUGUAUCCCCAAAUGAAGUCACAAGAAGCAAAAGUCUUUGUAAGUGUCAAUCAAAGCCUUGGUGACAUGGACCUGUACCUGGAGCAGUGUGUAGUUGGAAGCAUGCUGGGAUAUGAGGAGUUCCUCAGCCUGCGGCAGCUACAGCAAAUCCUAGCCUGGCAGCACCCUAAGGGUUGUUUUGGUUUUCAUGGCGACAUCAUUAGGAAGCCAGAGGAUGAGUAUGAAGAUGAGGAUACCUGGGAAACAAAAACAACUAUGCGAAAGCUGAAAGUGGCGAAAACAUUAAAAGAUGGCUGUGAAUUGCAUAUAUCUGGUGUUGCUGUGGGACUCCUAGGGAUGUACAUCCUUUGGCUGUAUGAUAUUAUGGGCACAGGAACUCAAUCAGAGCAUGAUAUGAAAGCUGACAAAUUUGAUACAUGGAUUAAAUAUUCCACAGUAAUAGUUAUACUUGCACUAGUAGUGUACAUAAUGUCUAAAAGAAGAUUAAGAUACAGGGUAAUUUCUCUUCUGAGAAUCAUGUGAUGAAUUGUAACUAGGAAUUUACCUUUUAUAGGAAUUAGAAUAAUUGUUUUUGAAAUGUUACUUAUUUACUAUUUAUAGAAAUUUGUGUGUGAGUUGAAACUAAUUUAUUAUUUUAGGAAUUAAAAUAAUUGCAUUUUUUAACCCA